AUGGCGCCCCCGUACGACCCGCCCACGCCCCGCAGACGACCGUAUACGCCACGGGGACGCCCCGCCUCCGCCCCAGACAUGCUCCGCGCCCGCGCCCGUCGCGCAGAGCGGGCGGGAGGCGGCGCGCCCGCCGCCAAGACGGUGCGCCCGCGCGCGUCCGCCGCGCCGCGCCGCCGCGAGAACGCAGCCGCGCGAUGUACGCCCCAGGGCCGACAUACGUCCUUGUGCGUUCCGCGCUGCGUAUGGGCGCGUUCGACCGGUGUGGACGGCGGCUGUGUCGUGCGGGACGACGGGGGAGGCGGGGCUGCGUCCGUGGACAAGUGGACCGAGCGCGCCGACGACGCGCUGCGCGGGCUCGAGAACGCACGGGCAUGA